CUGUAUAUAAACAGCCAGUCAGCCUUCUCCUGCAUCAUCACUUCAACUGAACACCAAACGAAGACAACCUGAGUAAAACAAAAUCUGUGAUUCUUCUGACAGAAGUCCUUUAAGAUCCUCAUCUUCACCAUGAAGCUUCUAGUAGUUUUGUCUCUGCUACUCUGUGUGGCUCUCUCAGUCAGAGCUGCCGCAGUUCCUGUCGAGGAAGAGAAAAAGGCUCCUGUUCCAGUGGAGGAUAUGGUGCUGAAAGAGAAGCUGGAGGAGCCUGUCGAGGUGGAGGAAGUGAAGAAGAUGGAGGUGGAGAAUCAGAUGGAGCUGGAGACGUUCCCAGAGGAGAGAGACACAGUCCUCGAGAUGGACUUGGCAGAGCAUGAUCCACAAGAGGAACGCUUUGGCUACUGUCCUGACGGCUGGAUCCGGUACCAGUCUCGUUGCUUUCUCUUCGUCAACUCCGCCAUGAACUGGUACAGAGCAGAGGAUUACUGUAACCAGCACCAUGGAAGCCUGGUUUCUGUCCACAACCCCCGGGAACACAGCUUCCUCCAGCAGCAAAUGUCUGUGGCUGGAUGGCCCAACACAUGGCUGGGAGGUUUCAACCUGCAGAAUCAGUGGAGGUGGAUCGACCAUGAAGGGCUCUACUACACCAACUGGUACAGCCUUAGCUCUGUCACCAGCUCCCCCUGCAUGUACAUGGGCAAUACUUUGGGCUGGCGCAACAUUGCCUGCUCCUCCUCCUUGAGGUUCAUCUGUGGCAGAAACUUCAACAACUGUUAAGAGUGCAAAUUGAGUAGAAGAUGAAGCUUUGACCUGCUGUCGUUGACUGGAUUCAUGCUUUAUUUUAGCUGCCUUGUAAACUGGCUGUAAUGUACUGUGUCUAUUUCUCGGUGAGGAAAUUGCCCUGAAAGGUAAAAGUGAUG